AUGUCCUCCGAAAAACGCCCCGCGGCCGUCGACCUGGGCAAGGUCCUCGUGGUCGGCGGCAACGGCUUCCUGGGCCACCACGUUGUGAACCAGCUCCUGGCCGGCGACCGCUGGUCCACGACGUCCGUCUCCGUUAUCGACCUCCGCUGCGCCAACAACCGCAACCCGGCCGCCUCCUACCACGAGGCCGACAUCACCGACGCCGACAGGAUCAAGUCCAUCCUCGAGGACGUCAAGCCCGACGUCGUCAUCCACACCGCCUCCCCCGCGCCCCAGGCCGACGGCGCCGUCGCCAAGGACCUCUUCCGCCGCGUCAACGUCGACGGCACCGCCAGCAUCAUCGCCGCCUGCCAGGCCGCCGGCGUCAAGGCCCUCGUCUACACCUCCUCCGCCAGCAUCAUCAGCGACAACAGCAGCGACCUGAUCAACGCCGACGAGAGGUGGCCCGUCAUCCGCGGCGAGCAGCAGUCGGAGUACUACUCCGAGACCAAGGCCGCCGCCGAAGAACUAGUCCUCCAAGCAAACCGCCAAGACCCCUACCCCCUCCUCACGGCCGCGAUCCGACCCGCCGGCAUCUUCGGCGAGGGCGACACCAUGGCCACGCACCAGCUCGUCAAGAUCUACCGCGAGGGCAAGACGGGCGUCCAGCUCGGCGACAACGACAAUCUCUUCGACUUCACCUACGUCGGCAACGUCGCCCACGCCCACAUGCUCGCCGCCCGCCUGCUCCUCGCGACCGCCAAGGCCGGCAUCAUCCCCCUCGACCACGAAAAGGUCGACGGCGAGGCCUUCCUCGUCACCAACGACGCCCCCAUCUACUUCUGGGACUUUGCGCGCGCCAUCUGGCGCGCCGCCGGCUCCGACAGGGGCACCUCCCACGUCUGGAUCAUCCCCCGCGAGAUCGGCAUCGUCCUCGGCUUCUGCUCCGAGGUCUUCUUCACCAUCAUCGGCAAGCCCCCCAUCUUCAACCGCCAGCGCAACAUCUACAGCUGCAUGACGCGCUACUACAACAUCAACAAGGCCAAGAGGCUCCUGGGCUACCGCCCCAUCGUCAGCCUGGACGCCGGCAUCAAGAGGGGCGUGUCGUGGUUCCUCGAGCAGGAGAAGGCGGGCAAGGUGAGCAUCAAGGCAUGA